AUGUCUCGGCUUAUCGACAAUUUUAUUAUUAUGGUAUCAAGCUCAGUUCUCUUACUUCAAAUGGUCCUUUGCCUAUCUGCUUAUGCUAUAACGACUGAAAAUUAUGUUUUAAGCGAUUCUCCAAACCCAGAUUUCGAGAAAUUUGGAGAGUACUCCAAUGCAAUUUUAAGGUCAUCUAUUUUUUUAGCUUUAUCUGGGAGGAUUUCAAAAGAAGAUAAAAGGUACCCAACCUUGACAGAAGUCCUCAAACUUAUGGUUGACAGGAAUUCCUAUACUUUGAUUGAAGCUGGAACUGCUCGUGAGGGCGAAGGAAGCUGCGCUGGAGAUGGAUGCUCGACACCCAUUUUCGCUCAUUUUUCUUAUCUUACUGGAAGAAAUUUCAUAUCAGUUGAUAUCAGCGAGAAAAACUGUGAGAAAUCGCGACAAGCAAUAAGGCCUUAUGCUGACAACUCAAAAGUAAUAAAAAGUGACUCAAUAGCUUUUUUAAAAGAGUUUAGAGACCCAAUUGACUUUUUGUAUUUGGACAGCGUUGAUUAUGAUUUUAAGAACCCCAAGGUUUCCCAGGAGCACAGCUUAAAAGAAAUUAAAGCUGCCUAUGGAAAACUCCAUGAGCACUCAAUUAUUUUGCUAGAUGACUGCACUUUGCCUGGAGGAGGAAAAUGUAAGCUUGCUGCCGAAUUCUUGCUAAAAAACGGGUGGGAAAAGCUAAUUGAUUCAUAUCAGAUGGUCUUCAUCCACACAGAGAGCAUCAUAUGAUAA